GGCCGACGCAUGGGCGCGGAGCUGGACGAGGAGGCAGCAGCGGAGGAGGCGCGCGAGAAGAUUGUGAUGAUGGAUGGGCAUGGGGCCGAUGGGCAUGCCGAAUUUCGCCAGCCUCGGUGCCCAAACCGCGGAGCUCUUAUAAUACGGGCCCGCGUGAUGGCGCUCUUGCUGGUGCUGCCCGAAUGCCGAACGGGGUUGGUGGGCGAGCAAGAAGCUGUGCAGGAAGCGGAGGAGGAGGAGGAGCUGGCGUAAGAGCGAGCGCAGAAUCCUCAAGCAGCAGCAGCAUCUCGAUCGCCAGCCGCAGGAGGAGGACGAGGAGAGGACGAGGAGGAGGCUCGGUCACCGAUGUAGAGGGAGGAGGACAGGGUCGACGAUGCUCGUCAUGGAUGUGUAGCUGGAGGUGAUGGGGACGGAGACGGAGAUGGCGAUCGCGAGAGGAUGAGAUCGGUUGACAAGGAGUCGAGGUCGAAUGGAAGGAUGGCGAGGACUCGGGCGGAGGUCAAUCAGCGGUCGUCGACGUGAAAGUCUUUGAGGGUUUUGACGUUUUGUGCGCAAGACGGUAAAUAAUGGAGUUUCGGGUUUUUGUUUUUCUCAUGUAACUUUUCGGCAGACGACGAAUUAUGCGCGGAGGCCCGCCGUGCUUAAGCUCUUGGGGGUCGGAUGUGCCACUUAUUUUAGAGAUCGGGGCGCGUGCGGCGAGCGAGCUGGACAGGAGAUUUUCUCGUCGGAGGUUGGAGCGUAGUGUGACAUGAUGCUAGCUCUGUAAGCUGUGCUUUCGAGAGCAGUAGAUUUGGCGAAUCUUGAGUAAAUGUUCGAAACCGGCUGGGUGGAUCUUCGUUCUGUCGGCUUGAAAAGUAGUUCCGAGCGAAUUUGAAGUUCGGUCUCGGUUUAGUCGAACUUGACAGGAUAUACCGCAGGCACAUGUGGUGGAUUGAGCGUUUCUCUUCGGGUUGCAUGCGGCGGGAGAAUUAGAGAACUGGGCUCGAUUGAGGACUCAUAUGGCUUGGUGUAAGCGGGGAUGGGCUGCAGCCGUAGAGAAGGCAAUGCCAAUGUGACUCUCGGAGAAUUCGUUGGAUGCGUCGUCGAAGGAUAUGCAGAAUAUAUAUUCCACGGAAUUAAGUGGCCUGCCCAGGACUCUGUCGGCCCCAACUCACCAGUCUGUAUCAGUCAGUCAUGAAGUUGAGGAGGAUUUUGCCUCCGUAAACAGCUCUGAGCAGGAUGGACAGAGCAGUGUCGGUGAAGGAAGUUGUACUCCCCCGCCGCUGGGGAGAACACCGGAGCCUGCAAGAAAGUGGAGGGAUGUUUUCUGGCUCUUCUUAUUUCUUGUGCAAACAGCACUUGUCGGAUUCCUCCUUGCCGUACUGGGCAUUAACAGGUACAGAAGGGAUAAUAGGUUCGCAAAGCUUGCAAGAUUUCAAUCAUCAGAUGGGCUUCAGACACAGGAGUUUUGGCCUAUUUUCGGGACUGCAGCAGCAAUAGGAGCGGUGCUUGGAUGGGCAAUGCUGACUAUAAUCUGCAUACGAGCUAAUCAGUUGAUCAAGGUUGCAGUACACAGUGUUACAACUUAUCUGGCAAUCGUCAGUGUCUUUUGUUUCUGGGAUGAGGAGAUUUUCUGGGGAAUCGCAUUUGCUAUCGGAGCUGCUUUGCAGUUUAUGUAUGCGAUAUCUGUAAUGGACAGGCUACCAUUUUCAAUACUGAUGAUAAAAAUGGCCGCCACUAUGCUGUUGGGUCUUCCUGCAACGAUAAGGGUCUGCUACGGCUUCAUUCUGGCAAUGCUUGCAUGGAUGGUUCUUUGGUCCUUUGGCGUAUCAGGUGUUGUAUCUUCUGGCAUGGAUGACGGUGCACGAUGGUGGAUUCUGUUGGCUCUUGCAGUCAGUCUCUUCUGGACAGGAGCUAUUUUUUGUAACACAGUUCAUGUAAUUGUAGCUGGUGUCAUUUUCCUACUGCUCUCUAGUGGAGCUCAAGGUCAAGUCGUUUUGCCUUCACGUCCUAUAAUGAGAUCACUUCGCCAUGCAAUCACUACCUCUAUGGGAAGCAUUUGCUACGGAUCUCUCUUCACUGCUGCCAUUCGUGUUUUUCGUUGGUCGAUUAGAGGUCUCAGAUCGCGUAUAGGCAAAAACGAGUGCCUGCUUUGCUGUGUUGACUUUCUGUUCAACAUUGUAGAAAUCUUAGUCCGCUUUUUCAACAAAUACGCCUUUGUACAGGUAGCUGUGUAUGGGAAAGGCUUCAAUCAUGGUGCCAGAGAUUCUUGGGAACUCUUCCAGUCCACUGGUGUUGAGGCGCUUAUAGCCUAUGAUCUCACAGGAGCUAUUCUGUUGAUGGUGACUGUGCUUGGAGGCUUAAUGACUGGCACUGGCGUAGGCAUAUGGGCGUGGUAUAAGGAGGAGAGCAGAGUGAUUAUGGUCGGAUCCACCGCAAUGCUCAUGGGAAUGGUUUUGGUGGGUUUGUGCAUGGUGGUAGUGGAGGGUGCUGUAACCUCUAUAUAUAUCUGCUAUGCGGAGGAUCCUGCUUUGAUCAGCAGAUGGAAUCCUGAGUUUGCCGAUCAAAUUGCUGAAACGUUACAUCAACGGUUUCAACAUCGGAGCGGGAGGGAUGUUCCUGCCCAUAUGGUUGGAGUGCAGCUUCCAAAGCCUUUACCUGAGAUUUCAUGAUCUCAAUGUAUAGGUAGAUAGUGUCCAAAACCACCAUGAUAUAGGUUAAUCUCGAAGCCAAGGACGAACAUGGUGGUCCGAUAGGCUUCUGAGGGUAGAGAUCCAUUUUUUAAAGAUAGAUGGCCAUUUUAAGUUUGAGGAGUUCCGUUUGCGAUUGUUCAUACAGCCUAUCCGAGCUCCUUGCCAGUAUGUUUCAAGAGAAUAGUUUCCCAGAGAAGAAUCUGGGAUCAAAUUGGGAUUUGCUCGCAAAUCACUGUGAAGUAGAAGCAGUUUCUUUUAGAAUGAGACGCGUUUGUAAUUAUCUUAACAGUCGAUUUUCUGAAGUUUGAAUGACUGGAAUGUGUAUGAAUGGAAGGAACUACGCCACGCUCU